AUGCUCUCCAAGCUCCUGACGGCGGUCUUGCUGUUGGCCGCCCAAGCCUACACAGCAGACGUGUCCAAGCUCUUCCACUACGAACUGGGACUCAACGGAACUGCUCAUCAAGCCGAAUUCCAGGAGCGCACCCACGCCGGAUACAGACUCACCUAUGUCAACGGGUACUACUCCCCGGAACAGAACCAGACCCUCUUCUCCAGCAUCUGGGAGAAAACAGGCGCUACCUCCGCCGUUCCCUGGAUUAGUCGACACGGCCUCACAGCUACCCAGUACAACGAUCUCUCCACCGAUCUCCGCAGCAAGAAAUACCAUCCGGUCGUCCUCAACGGGUACAACCUCCCAAACGGCGAACGCCGCUUCGUCACAAUCUGGGAGAAAUCUACCAUCGGGGUCUGGAAACAAGCGGUGGAUCUGACGAUCGACCAGCUCAAGGAAAAGGUCGCCAGCCUGGCACCACUGCGUCUCACCUCCCUCAGUGGCUACACGAUCAACAAUGAACUGCGCUAUUCGGCUACCUGGGGGGAACGCACCUCCUCGGACUGGAAGGGAGAGUGGCUCUACUAUGCCAAUGUGACCGGUGUCAUGCAGGUGGGUGUGAAUGCUGUGGAAUGGAAGCCCACAUAUCUUCAUGCGCAUUCGGUCAAUGGGGAGCCUGUGGUUGAUUCCGUUUGGGAGAGAUAUACGGGCCCGGACUAUGGUGCUCAGCUUUGGUACUAUGAGGAUAACGACACUGCGGAGGGCUACAAGACGUUUUUCAACAGCAUGACAAAACAGGGAUAUAAGCCUCGGAUGGUGACUGCGCAUUAUUCGAAGGAGUGUGGCGUGCGAUAUGUCAGUGUCUUCUCUUGA